CGUUGGUUCACGCGUCUUCCUCUUUCUAUAUUUGCUCUCUCCCCAUUCCCUCUUUCUCACUCAACGAUCUUCAGAAAUGGCGACAGAAACCAACAACCUAUCGCUCUUCUUGACCAACAUCGACGACGUGAAGAAAAUCUUCAGCCGUUUCGAUACCAAUGGCGACGGAAAGAUCUCUGCUGAAGAGCUCGUCCACGCCAUGAAGGCACUGGGAUCCGACAUCUCUGCUGAAGAGGCGAAGCAAGUGCUGACUAAACUCGACGCAGACUGCGACGGCUUCAUCAACCUCGAGGAGUUCGCCGGAUUCUGCAAAGAAAGCGCCGGAGACCAAGAGGGAGGAAUCAACGAGCUCCACGAAGCGUUUGAGCUUUACGAUUUGAACAAGAACGGGUUGAUCUCUUCGACUGAGUUGCAUCAGAUCUUGACUCGGUUGGGGGAGAGAUGUACGGUUGAUGAUUGCGUGACAAUGAUCAAGUCGGUGGAUUCCGACGGCGAUGGAUAUGUCAAUUUCGAGGAGUUCAAAGAGAUGAUGUCGAAAAAUUGAUGCUUGAAUCUUCCUUUAAAUAAGUGUUUGAUUUCUGAUAAAUGGUGUAGGAUUAGUAAGAUGAAGAUGAAAUAUGAAUUAGGGGAAUUGAUUAAUCCACAGUUCAUAUAAAUUAAAAUGUGGAAUUGCCCUUGUAAUUGAAUGCAGUCGUAGCUUUGUUAAGUUCAAGUAAUGGAAUCUUGAUUUUGGUUUGGCUA